CCCCCCUACGAACUCGCCGCCUCCUGGCCCUUCCCCUCCCCCAACCCCUCCACCCGCGGCCCCGUCCUCCUCCUCCUCCCCCUCGUCUUCACCACCCUCACCCUCCUCACCCUCUCCCUCCGCCUCUACGUCCGCCUCCGCCUCAUCAAGUGCCUCUAUCGCGAGGACCACCUCAUCGUGCUCGCGGGUCUCGGCGCGGUCGGCCUCGGCGCCGUGGUCGCGCACGCGCACACCGUCGGGUGGGAUCGGCAUCAGUGGGACCAGCGCCUGGAGUGGUUCGAGGCGAGCGAGUUGGAUAUGUGGUUGGUGCAGCUUUUCUUUAUCGUGAUCAUGGCCUUCGUGAAGUUGAGUACACUGGCGCUGUAUGGGCGGAUGACGGUGGGAAUAUCCAUUCCGUAUUACAAGAUCGUGAACCGGGGGAUGAUUCUGGUGAUGAUUGGGUGGGGCGUGGGAUUCUUUACGGCGACGGUGUUUGGUUGCUGGCCGAUUGAGAUGUAUUGGAAGAGUAGGAGUGGGGAUGAGUGUACGAAUGAGUAUGUUCGGUUGGCGGUGGGCACGAUCGUCAAUAUCGUGACGGAUUUUGUGGUCGUGUUGAUGCCGUUGCCUAUCAUAUGGAAACUACAAAGGCCUAUGCGUGAAAAGAUCAUAUUAUGGAUUUUGAUGGCGGUAGGUCUUAUUCAUGUUCGAAGCGAUGUCCAACUACGAUACCACCUGUUUGUCCCCCCUCCGCUCUCACCGACCUCAUUACUAACCACACCAGGGCUUGGCGGCCUAGCCUUCGCAUACACCGUCGUCGAAUGCAACCUCGCCAUCAUGUGCACCAGCAUCCCGACCCUGCGUCCCCUAGCGAAGAAGUACAUGCCCAAACUC